CCUCCGAAUCCCGGCCGGAGCCUGUUGUCGUAGCCGUCCAACAACUUGUCGAGGAUCCGGGUGAUGUUUUCCGAGUACAGGUCCGCCCCGUCGCCCUGGUCCCCCAGCGCCUUCCCCAGGCUGCGGGGAGAGUGAACAGGAACUGCUGGAUGAGAGAGAGAUGGUUUCUAGCCUGGCAUCCUUCUUCAGAUUUGAAGAAUCAGCAAACACAGAUUCUUAAGUCUCAAGAGUUCUGCUUUUUCUGGAGAAAUUAAACUAUUAAACGUUCCUGGCUGAAGACCAAUUCUAAUAUUUUGUAAAAUUAAAAAGUCAUAAAUCAAACAGGACCUGGGUGCUCAGCCAGGAUGUGCUUCACCCACCUCACCUGGGAACCUGGCACAGCAAUACUGCACAGACUGACUGCUUUGCACCAGUGAGUCUCUUCCAGGUCAUAGCUGGAUGAAAGAUCCACAGCAACACUGAAGUAUUUUAGAGAGAUCCUUGGAUGCAAUGGGAUCUUUAUGCUGACAGACUGAUUGCUAAUGGGAUGCUGUGUGAUGCAUGGACUGGGACACCCUAGAUCUGAAGACCUAAAAUGACAAGUGAAACAAGAUAAGGGCUAAAUUUCAAGAGGUUUGGCAGUGAGGCAGCCUGGCCGUGAGAGAACAGAAACCUCCGCUGCUGAGCAAGAGAGCGGCUCUGGAGCAUCGGCCGCGGAGCAGAGCUGGAACACGAGGAUUUAAAUGUCACUCAAAGCAUCCCCAGAUCAGCUUCUCGUUCGUCGCCUGUUUCUUCCGAGGCAUUAACUGGAUCACACGCUGCAUUUGAAGAGCUUGGGUGUUUUACCCGCUAAGGAAAUUUGCUCCAUCUCCAGCAGCAACCACUGCUCCUUUUGAUGUUGUGGUACGCCGUGCGCAUGCGCUUCACAUUAGAAUUACUGCACUGGCCAGAAUAAGUUGGAUCUCUUCUUCUCUUCACUGAAACCCUAAAUCAUAUCAAAAGCUAAAGGGAUGCUGAGAGUCCGGAGAAAGGGUUACUUUGGGAUUUGGUCAUUCCCUUUAAUAAUAGCCGCGGUGUGUGCACAGAGUGUCAAUGACCCUAGUAAUAUGUCACUGGUAAAAGAGACCGUGGAUAGACUGCUGAAGGGCUAUGAUAUUCGCUUGAGGCCAGAUUUUGGAGGUCCCCCAGUGGCUGUGGGCAUGAACAUAGACAUCGCCAGUAUAGAUAUGGUCUCGGAAGUCAAUAUGGACUAUACCUUGACAAUGUACUUUCAGCAAGCGUGGAGGGAUAAGAGGCUGUCCUACAAUGUGAUCCCUCUGAACCUGACUCUGGACAACAGAGUAGCUGACCAGCUGUGGGUGCCAGACACCUAUUUCCUCAAUGACAAGAAGUCCUUUGUCCAUGGGGUCACUGUGAAGAACAGAAUGAUUCGUUUGCAUCCAGAUGGAACAGUCCUUUAUGGACUCAGAAUCACCACGACAGCUGCCUGCAUGAUGGACCUGCGCAGAUACCCCCUGGAUGAGCAGAACUGCACGCUGGAGAUUGAGAGCUAUGGCUACACCACAGAUGACAUUGAGUUUUACUGGCGUGGGGGUGAUAAUGCUGUCACAGGAGUGACCAAGAUCGAGCUGCCCCAGUUCUCCAUUGUAGACUACAAGCUUAUCACCAAGAAUGUUGUUUUCUCUACAGGUGCCUACCCAAGGCUGUCUCUCAGCUUUAAACUUAAGAGAAACAUUGGCUACUUCAUUCUGCAGACCUACAUGCCUUCUAUUCUGAUCACUAUCCUCUCCUGGGUUUCCUUCUGGAUUAAUUAUGAUGCUUCAGCUGCAAGAGUUGCUUUAGGAAUCACAACCGUGCUCACAAUGACAACCAUUAACACCCAUCUCCGAGAGACUCUUCCCAAAAUUCCCUAUGUGAAAGCCAUCGACAUGUACCUCAUGGGCUGUUUUGUGUUUGUGUUCAUGGCCCUGCUGGAAUAUGCCCUGGUGAACUACAUCUUCUUUGGCAGAGGCCCCCAGAGGCAGAAGAAGGCGGCGGAAAAAGCCGCCAGUGCCAACAACGAGAAGCUGCGGAUGGACGUCAACAAGGACAGAAGAAUAAUUGGCACAUAUCAUUGUCCAGAAAUGUAUUCAACAAAGAUGGACCCCCACGAGAACAUUUUGUUGAGCACCCUGGAGAUCAAGAACGAGAUGGCAGCCUCGGAGGCCGUGAUGGGGCUGGGAGACCCCCGCAGCACCAUGCUGGCCUAUGACACCUCCAGCAUCCAGUACCGCAAGGCCGGGCUGCCCCGGCACAGCUUCGGCCGCAACGCCCUCGAGAGACACGUGGCCCAGAAGAAGAGCCGGCUACGGAGAAGGGCCUCGCAGCUCAAAAUCACCAUCCCGGACUUGACUGACGUCAACGCCAUCGAUCGGUGGUCCCGCAUCUUCUUCCCCGUGGUUUUUUCCUUCUUCAAUAUUGUCUAUUGGCUUUACUAUGUGAACUAAGAGACAAAGCCACGCAGGAAGCAAGAACUGGAUUUCUCUUCAAACCGGUUGUACAGCCA